AUGCGGGUUUGCAUGCAGUUAACGCAUUCCAUGUUACGUACUGGGGCUUUCAGCAAGUGUGGACCUCUCUUGAAGAAACUUUCCGAUGACAUAAUCGUCCCAUGCUUGUCUACGAAAAAUUCUCAAGUUUACGUAUGGGCACUUGAAGCCUCUGGAUUACUCGCAACGCUUGAUGAAGCCUUGGCCAAAAGCGUUUUUAUAAAGGCUGAUGAAGGUUUUCAAAGCGACGAUGAAGAACUCCAAGUAAUGAUUUGUCCGUUUGGCAAGAUGGUAUUACACUUCAUCUCCCACAUUCCACAGAUAUCGGCCAUUGAUGUGUUAACGGAUCUGAUAGCUGUUUAUGGAUAUAAUGAAGUUGUUAGCUGGCGACGUGGAAGAGGAGAAGGAGAUGAAGAAACUGAGUCGACUCCGUUUUUUGUCGAUUUUCUUCUGGACAUUAUCAAAAGCAAGGUAUGCCACUUGUUUGAUCUCUUCAACCUCCUUUCCAACUAUCCGAGGACAUUCUGCUGCCUUCAUACUUCCCAACAUCGGUUAAUUGGCAAAUUAGGAGAACAGGAUAUUGCGCCCAAAAGAAAGUAUAAUCUUUGA